GGUAUUUCGGAUGGGAUCGGAAGGACACCAGGACAUUGAUUUGGCUAUCCUGACAGCUUUACUCAAAGGAGCCAAUGCCUCGGCCCCAGACCAACUGAGCUUAGCUUUAGCCUGGAACAGAGUGGACAUCGCUCGCAGCCAGAUCUUUAUUUAUGGGCAACAGUGGCCGGUGGGGUCCCUGGAGCAAGCCAUGCUGGAUGCCCUAGUUCUGGACAGAGUGGACUUUGUGAAAUUACUCAUAGAGAAUGGAGUAAGCAUGCACCGUUUUCUCACCAUCUCCAGGCUAGAGGAGUUGUACAAUACGAGACAUGGGCCCUCAAAUACAUUGUACCACUUGGUCAGGGAUGUCAAAAAGGGCAACCUGCCCCCAGACUACAGGAUCAGCCUGAUUGACAUCGGCCUGGUGAUCGAGUACCUGAUGGGGGGCGCCUACCGCUGCAACUACACUCGCAAGCGCUUCAGGACCCUCUACCACAACCUCUUCGGCCCCAAGAGGCCCAAAGCCUUGAAACUGCUGGGAAUGGAGGAUGAUAUUCCCUUGAGACGAGGAAGAAAGACAACCAAGAAGCGUGAAGAAGAGGUGGACAUUGACUUGGAUGACCCUGAGAUCAACCAUUUCCCUUUCCCUUUCCAUGAGCUAAUGGUGUGGGCCGUCCUCAUGAAGAGGCAGAAGAUGGCCCUGUUCUUCUGGCAGCAUGGCGAGGAGGCCAUGGCCAAAGCCCUGGUGGCCUGUAAGCUCUGCAAAGCCAUGGCCCACGAGGCCUCCGAGAAUGACAUGGUGGACGACAUUUCCCAGGAGCUGAACCACAACUCCAGGGACUUUGGCCAGCUGGCCGUGGAGCUCUUAGACCAGUCCUACAAGCAGGAUGAGCAGCUGGCCAUGAAACUGCUGACAUAUGAGCUGAAGAACUGGAGCAAUGCCACGUGCCUGCAGCUCGCUGUGGCAGCCAAGCACCGUGACUUCAUUGCACACACGUGCAGCCAGAUGCUGCUCACUGACAUGUGGAUGGGCCGGCUCCGCAUGCGCAAGAACUCAGGCCUCAAGGUAAUUCUGGGAAUUCUACUUCCUCCUUCAAUUCUCAGCUUGGAGUUCAAGAACAAAGACGACAUGCCCUAUAUGUCUCAGGCCCAGGAAAUUCAUCUCCAAGAGAAGGAGGUAGAAGAACCAGAGAAGCCCACAAAGGAAAAAGAUGAAGAAGACAUGGAACUGACAGCGAUGUUGGGACGAAACAACGGGGAGUCCUCCAGAAAGAAGGAUGGAGAGGAAGUUCAGAGCAGGCACCGGUUCAUCCCCCUGGGCAGAAAAAUCUAUGAAUUCUACAAUGCACCCAUCGUCAAGUUCUGGUUCUACACACUGGCGUACAUCGGGUACCUGAUGCUCUUCAACUACAUCGUGCUGGUGAAGAUGGAACGCUGGCCUUCUACCCAAGAGUGGAUCGUCAUUUCCUAUAUUUUCACCCUGGGAAUAGAAAAGAUGAGAGAGAUUCUGAUGUCAGAGCCAGGGAAGUUGCUCCAGAAAGUGAAGGUGUGGCUGCAGGAGUACUGGAAUGUCACAGACCUGAUAGCCAUCCUCCUGUUCUCUGUCGGAAUGAUCCUUCGUCUCCAAGACCAGCCCUUCAGGAGCGACGGGAGGGUCAUCUAUUGUGUGAACAUCAUCUAUUGGUAUAUCCGUCUACUAGACAUCUUCGGCGUGAACAAGUAUUUGGGCCCAUAUGUAAUGAUGAUUGGAAAAAUGAUGAUAGACAUGAUGUACUUUGUCAUCAUUAUGCUGGUGGUGCUGAUGAGCUUUGGGGUCGCCAGGCAAGCCAUCCUUUUUCCCAAUGAGGAGCCAUCAUGGAAACUGGCCAAGAACAUCUUCUACAUGCCCUACUGGAUGAUUUAUGGGGAAGUGUUUGCGGACCAGAUAGACCCUCCCUGUGGACAGAAUGAGACCCGAGAGGAUGGGAAGAUUAUCCAGCUGCCUCCCUGCAAGACAGGGGCUUGGAUUGUGCCGGCCAUCAUGGCCUGCUACCUCUUAGUGGCAAACAUCCUGCUGGUCAACCUCCUCAUUGCUGUCUUUAACAACACAUUUUUUGAGGUAAAAUCAAUAUCCAACCAAGUGUGGAAGUUUCAGAGGUACCAGCUCAUCAUGACCUUCCAUGAAAGGCCGGUCCUGCCCCCACCUCUGAUCAUCUUCAGCCACAUGACUAUGAUAUUCCAGCACCUGUGUUGCCGAUGGAGGAAACAUGAGAGCGACCCAGAUGAAAGGGACUACGGCCUGAAACUCUUCAUAACUGAUGAUGAGCUCAAGAAAGUACAUGAUUUUGAAGAGCAGUGCAUAGAGGAAUAUUUCAGAGAAAAGGAUGAUCGGUUCAACUCGUCCAACGAUGAGAGGAUACGGGUGACUUCAGAAAGGGUGGAGAACAUGUCCAUGCGGCUGGAGGAAGUCAAUGAGAGAGAGCACUCCAUGAAGGCUUCGCUCCAGACCGUGGACAUCCGGCUGGCGCAGCUCGAGGACCUCAUCGGGCGCAUGGCCACAGCCCUGGAGCGCCUGACAGGUCUGGAGCGGGCUGAGUCCAACAAAAUCCGCUCGAGGACCUCCUCGGACUGCACAGACGCAGCCUACAUUGUCCGCCAGAGCAGCUUCAACAGCCAGGAGGGGAACACCUUCAAGCUCCAAGAGAGUAUAGACCCUGCAGAGCAUCCUUUUUAUUCAGUAUAAGCCGGCAGCAAGCAGUUCUACCUAACGUCCCACAUCCUUCUCAUGCCAACACUUCUGUAAUUGAUCAUUAUAAAGAAAAAACAAGGUAACAGUCAUAGUUCACCUGUCUCUUAUCUAUUCACUUCUGGUGCCACAACUGUUUAUCUUUUUGGAAGAAAAUAAGGGAACAGAGAUGCCUUUUUGUAUUGCAAUUGAAAUGAAAGAAGAGUUGAUGUUAAACACAAAAGCCAAGUGAUUUAUUAUACACAGUGGGCAUUCAAGUAUAGUCAAGCAAGCUCAGGAUGAAUGUAAUUAAAUAAUUUUAUAUUUUUUAAUUUAUUUUGUAUCUCACCUGUCAUUCAAUGAAUUCACUCGCUUCUUAUGUAAUACUGAACUUGAAAAAAAAAAAACACACAUUAGGCAGAACUAACCCAAAAUUGCCAUAUGGGAUAUUGCUGUAUUUUCACCAUCCAUGUCAUGUGUUAUGCUCCUGUGUGACCAUCAUCAUUUGCAUGACUCUUCCAUGUCCUCUGAACACCUCCAAGAUGUAACUGCCAAUUUUUCAUACCCCUUCAUCACAUGACCAUUUUGUAUAUGAAUAUAUGGUUAUAUGUGGAUAUUUUCAUAGAGUUUUCCAUCUAAUCUGAGCUCAGCAUAAAUUUAAUUGGCAUUUUUCAAGGGCUGGUAUCUUUUUUAUGGAAAUGUUCCAAAGUACUUUUUAAGGAAGUUUCAAAACCAUACAUAACCUUAGAAUUGACUGGGAGUCUGGUAUCAACCCAAAGCCAUCAUCAGUUGUAAGCAUACCAUGAAUAUUUUUCUUAUAGACAGAGUUAUAAAAAAAAGAUACAGUAGACCAAAAUAGAAAACAAAUAAACCAUAUAAAGAGUUCUAUACAUAUAUAUAUGCAUUUACACAAAGACACGUGUUUAUAGAUAGUAUAUAAACAGACAUAUAGAGCUUUCUUAAGAGGCUUGGACUUUUCUAUCAUGUUAAAGUAUAUCCAAGAUUUUUUAAUAUCCAAGAAGUCCAUUGAAAGAAUUCAUUAUACUAUUAGACCAUCUGCUGAAAUUUUGAUUUUUUAAAUCCCUAUAACCUUAGCUUUUCCUUGUACCAAACUAGAGCUGCCAAAACAACUCACUACCUGCCCUCUGCCCCUUUCUAUCCAAAAGCACCGGCUGUCAUGACAUCUUAUUUAUUCUGGUUUCUCCUGCACAAAGCUAUGACAUCAAGUACAAUCUGAAUGGAUGUGCAAUUCUAACCAGUUAGCAUUACAGACUCUAGAAUAUAAGCAUAUGCUUCUAGAUCAGAAUCUGAAUUUGAAGUGGAAUAAGGAAAUCUUGGCCCCAAGUCUUCAGAUUCCUAUUUGGAUUACUGAAGUUUGAAAAAGAAUAAAGCCUUUAAGGAAAAUGACUUAAUGUUUCUGGCCCAAGAUACUACCUGGUUCUUUUGUUUAGUGGUAGUUGUAAACACCAAGUUUUAUCUCGUUUUGUGAAAGCAAGUAAAUACAUGGACAAAACCUCUAGCCUUUAAAUAUUUUUUUUAAAAAAAACUUAUGAACACGCUUUUCAGGUAUAGAAAGAGUGAAGAGGUCAUAAGUGUAAAGAAUUAAACAUUCCUUUUUUACUCCUUGGUAUUUAGGUGAAUCAGUAACAAACACCCAGACUCCCUCGUUUAUAAUGGCUCUAGAAACACGUUUUAUUGGGCCCCACACUGGCUAUUUCCCUGUCUGCAAACAUGCAUUCAUUCUGAGAAUAAAUCCGAUCUUAAACUUCCUUAAACUUAAACUUCCUUGAGUUCUUAAACUUCCUUGAGUCAUGAAUCCCUAUGAGGAUCUAAUGAGAACUUUGGGCCUUUUCCCCAGGAAAAGAAAGAAGGAAAAAAGAAUUACAUACACGCCAAGUUGCAAUAUAAAUUUAAAGAGUUCAUGAACCCUUGGUUCCAUAUUGAUCGAUAAAUGAGAAGAAGGAAUCGUGUUCAUUCAUAAUCAAUACAGUUGUAAUAGGCACUUUAUAUUUUGAGACCAUUUCUCUGUGAUUCUCAGGAAGGCCAAGUCUCAGCACCAGAGUUUGAACCAAGAUUUCAUUAUUUCUGUUUCUUAGAUUAGAUGCUGCUAGUUUGAUGUACUCACAUCCUAACGUUUUCAUGAUUUUAAGUAGUGAGCACACUCACAAAGCUGAAGGCUCUCCUGAGGAAAUCUAUAGAGGAAUUUAAGAAGGAGGUGAAACCCUUCUUCUUUGACCCUAGAGCAGAACAUCGAGCAUCUCCAAAACCUCAUUCUGGACCAGAUUAGAAGUGGGGGAGAGAAACUAUGAACACGAGUGUUUCCAUUCGUCGUGAUUUUGGAGAGAAAAAAACAGGACCUGGGAAACUAAAUACUUAACAGUCCUGACCUUGUGACUACCUGGUUCUUUUGUUGUGCAUGAAAAUUAAGUUUCAACAUCUUUUGUGAAGUAUGUGAAAUAUAUAAGUCAAAUUUAAAUGACUUUACAGACAAACUGUAACUUUCAUGAGCCAUUUCUUUGCUGUGCACGUUCAUGUGUGUUAUUUUUCCAUCCAUUUCCUCCCACGUCCGGGUUCUCUGUGCACUGAGGUGGCAUCGAUUCUGUGGCCUUGUACAAUCAGCUUGUGCUCAGUUCAUUUAUCCCACCAUGUCCCUGAUCGAGGGGAUGUUAAUUACACCCAUCUUUGUGAAUUAAGCAGCUCAUGAGCAGCAAGUUUUUGAGGACUAUAAAUAAAGUCAUAGAGAGCUUAAAGAAGUAAUUGCUUUGGUUUGAUUAUCUGCUUCAAAGGUGCCAAUUUUUAUGUACUACUAAAUGUAAUGAUUUGUUCUAAAUUGCUUGUACCUUUAAAAAAAAAAUUAAGGUUGUUUUAUGAAAAUGACCAUGGAGGUCUCCUGAUAACCAACAUACUUUAUAGUUGGAAAUCCCUUCCUUGAUGGGUUUGAAUGAGGAGCUAGAAAGCUUGGGUACAAUUGUCAUGGCUAGUUUGUGAAUUUCUGAAAGCCAAAAGGUGUAUUAGCAGUCAGAAUGCAGCACUUUAUAGAACUGGAUUUUUUUUAAGUCUAAGCUUCCAGGUCUAGGAUGUAAUUUAGCACUUUGAAAGUUCCCAUUCUGAAAAAAAAAAAUAUAUAUAUAUAUAUAUAUAUAUAUAUAUAACAAUAAUCAAAUGGGAAAAAUGUACUAGUAAAAACACAAAAUGUGUUUCUUCUGAAUGUUUCAAAUGUAUUCUAAAACAUGGUUUGUACAGGUAAUAUUAUGGUAGAUAACUGGAUAGUACAUUUUUCUACUUUCUGAGGCUGCACAGUCUAAUCUUCUUGAAUGUCUGGGCUGUUUAACUUCUUUAAAGAUAAUAAAUGUUAUCCAGUUGUCCAUCAUGCUAUAUCUAUAGUAUGUACCAUUCAAUAUGUUAGGUAAUGCUGUAUUAUAAAACACAUGUAAACAUAUAUGUAACCUGUGUUUAACCCAGCAUAGUUGUAGCAUGUGGUUGUAUUAAUGAACGUUACAGGACAGCUUUAUAAUCAUUUAUAAAUCUGUAACAUUCAAUAAAGAAGCACAUGUUGCAAGGAUUAACCUAUGUUCCCAAUUCCAUGUUAUUUAGCAUCUCGUGAAAUGGGCAUUUUUGUUCCUGAUCUGCUUUAUGUUUUUCACGUUCCUGUAGACCACUGUACAAUAUUUGUAUAAGCUGGUGUACCUCUUCUAACAAGUCCUGCAAGCUGUGGUAGGCAAGUUGUGAUUUCGUGAAAGAUGAACUGGCAUGUUAUGCAAGAGACUAUAUGACAAAUGAAUUUAAAAUAAUAUUUUAAACUCCAGUUGAAUUAGCUGUUUGUUUACAUCUGCUGACCCCAUGGGAAAGCAGUGUACAGUCUUUUAUAAAUAUGUUCAUUUAGUAACACUAUGUUGUUUCUAGAUAAAGUGAUGAUAGUGUGUGGGUGGUUAUAUAUUUGGCCUAGAUAUUGCAUUAUAACUCACUAUCCUUUAACAAAAAUAAUGAGACUUAAAUGAAGUAAUUCCUCUCCAAACCCAGUCUUAAUUUUGUGUCAUCAGAAUGCAUGCACUGCUUUAUGCAUUUCUUUGGAAUUUUCUAAGGCACUUAACAUUUUACUAUUGCCUGCUGUGAUGCUUAAACCAGUUGGAAGCUUACUCAAAUUGUUGGGCUUCUUACACUGGGAAUUAUGUUCAAGUUUUAAAAAUUAAAAACAAAAAUGUAACCAAGGGUAUUUUUAAUCUUUUUUUUUUUUAAGCUCUGAACAAAUAAUAUGGAAUAAAGUAUUUAACCACAGGAUGUAUAGCUAUGGGACCCAGAGAUGGCAAGCCAACACUUCCUGGGUUUACAAAGGUCUAGGUGUUGGUGCAUCUGUGAUAGAUGAAAGACAUGUUUCUGAUUCUUUAGGGCUACUGGUUGCAAAUUGCUAAACCAGAGAUGAGAGUGAAAAGUCCAUUCGUGACAGUGCAGAAGUGACACUGAGUGAGUGGUGCUAUGGGAUGACAUGUGACCUCUCUCCUUAUCUUGUGGCCUAAUCAAGUUGUGAGUGAGCUUGGCACGGGGGAGGGAGACAGGUGAUUGGGUGUCUGAUCGAGCACUGGGUGACUCUGAAGUGUUUACUCUUGAAAGAAAUCACCAUUUCAUUAUCAGAAUCCAUUCAACAUCUGGAAAAAAGGGAAGCCAAUUUGCACAGUCUUGUAAAUGACUACUCGUAAAAAGAGUAGUGAAAGCUUUUCUUCCAGCCUGAAUUGGCCUAAGCUGUCUCUUCUUUUUACAAGUCAAUCAUUCUGUCUCUCAGAUUGGAGUCAUCCAAAGGAGGGGUUGGGUCUGAUUUAAGAUUUUUUCUUUUCUUUUCUUUUUAUUCAUUUCAGGAAGUAGUUGUGUUGCCUUUUCUCUGAUGAUAUUCUUGCACUUAUCACUGCUCAUAAAAUCAGAUGUGACAAUCUCUAUGUGUCAUCUAAGAGGGGAUUGCAGUGACCUGGUAAUCCCAAUGGCAAUAUAAGUGAGGUGAUUUUUCCUUCCCUAACUUAACUAGUCUACCGGCCACCUCAAACCUUCAGACCACUGCGCAUUUGCAUGAUUUAUGUGCUGGGAAGUGAAACCGAUGCAUGUAUGGCUAGAAGUCCAUAGGCUUUCUGAAGAACGUCAGUGCCAACCAUGUCCCGGGCCUUCCUCUGAAAAAGGCAGGCUCCUGAGAGCUGUGGGUCGUGGAGGGAAAUUCAGCCUCCUGCCUGGAUGGGCAGCUUUCUUCAUCCCCUUUCUUUUCUUCCUUUCUCUUAGACCAACACAAGAUGCUUUUUUGCCAGGCCAACAGACCCUUGCUCCCGUUACCUCAACACCUUGUGGACCCUAGCACAGGAAGCUGCAGCAGCACAGCAGCGACUUGGAAAAAGCCAAACAUUCAGACUUUGUCCCAAACCUAAUCUUCCCAGUAACUUAGCCGCCUCCUAACUCUAUCUCAUGUUCCUAACUUAGCUGGUGUUUGCUUCUGCCCCAUCCAAUUUUUUGCCUGUCUGAAUCCCGAAAGCGUCCCUCACGUCUUCACCGCAGCCUCCCACACAUCAUCAGAGCCAGGCAUCUGCAUCUAGAUGGAGGGGUUGCACACUCAAAUAUGUUCGGGGUCCAAAUUCAGAAGGCAAAUGUGUGAAAGACAACCGAAGAAGAGUUUGUAGGGCAUGAGCAAAUACACGUCCCACCACGAGGACAUUCAAAUUCAAAUUUUCACACACUGUGCUGCCAAACAAGUAUGUCUGCCAGCAGCAUUCUGUCCCAAAGGCAAUAGUUUGGCACCUCUGAUUUAGGACCAAGCAGGAUCAGAUUCUUGGUUCUGACUUAGUGAGUGUACACACGAAAUACACUGAGAACUAAGGCGGGGGGUUGGGGAGGAAACUCACCCCAUUGGAGGUUAUUCUUCUCCUGAAUGAUAAAUGCCUGUGUAAUUUGUUAGCUGCAUCAUUCUGGCCCUGAACACGGGGUUUUGUCAGGGAGAUUGAGAAGAAGAGUAUCGUAGCAUUGUGUGAAGACUUGCCUGCUUCCUGUCACUACAGCAUCUGACCUGAGUCUAUAUUGCUGCUACCACUGUAUGGAACAGUACGUGCAGUAUACUGUGCUCAGAGCCAUUUCAUAAUAUAGAACUUAGACUCUCAUUUGUAUAUGUCCUAACCAUAGUUUAUAAUGGGGGAAAUUAUUCGGAUAUCAUUUUUAAAUGAAUUCCUAUAAAUAUAAUGAUUUUGACAUUGGAUUUGCUAAAUAUAUAUACAUCUUUUCCUUCUUCGUGGAUAGACAGCAGUUUGCAUAUCUAUCGAUGCUAUAAAUAUAUAAUAUAUAAAUCCUUAGAGGAAUUGUCCUUUUUUAAAGGUCUAUUAUUGAAUUCAAAAUGCACUUUGAGCUUGUUUGUUUAGAUGUAUAAUUCAAAGCAGAAGUUAGCAGACACCAUGGGAAAAACUUUCUGAAAUUUCUGUAACCAAUGUUUUGCAAUAAAAAGAAAAAAAAGUUCAGUAGUUUAAAACAUGA